GUUAGGGUUAGGGUUAGGGUUAGGGUUUAUGGGAGGCGUGCGGAUGGUGAACGACAAGGGGGAAUUGCUAGCGAUGGCGCCGCCAUUCCUCAGCAAGUGCUACGAUAUAGUGGACGACUCGGCGACGGAUGGCACGGUUUCGUGGGGGAAGAACGGUGAUAGCUUCGUGAUUUGGGAUUCUCAUACCUUCUCCCGUGAACUCCUUCCGAAGUACUUCAAGCAUAGCAACCUCUCCAGUUUCGUCCGCCAGCUUAACACCUACGGUUUUCACAAAGCCGACCAUGAUCGCUUGGAAUUUGCGAAUAAGAGUUUCAUCAAGGAUCAAAAACAUCUGCUUAAGAUGAUCAUAAGACGGAAACCUGGUCAUGACCAUCCUCAGUUGCAGCAAUCUGAAGCAAAAGGUGCUAAUGUUAAUGCAUGUGUAGAAGUCGGGAAGUUUGGCCUUGCGGAAGAAGUUGAAAGGCUCAAGAGGGAUAAGGAUUUGCUUAGGCAAGAGCUGAUAAAACUCAGGCAGCAUCAACAGACCACUGAGAAUCAGGUACAUGACUUGAGACAGAGUCUCCACGGAAUGGAACAAAACCAACAACAGAUGCUAUCCUUCCUGGCCAUGGCUGUCCAGAGCCCCGGGUUUCUGUCUCAGCUGACGAUGCAGCAAAAUCCAAAUAACAGACAAAGAGCAGAGAUAUCAAAAAAAAGACGCUUUCCCGCCCUAGAGCACGGUGGCUUAAAGGGUGUUGAUGCUCCGACAGGGCAGAUUGUAAGAUACCAGCCACCACCACCACCGCCACCACCGCCACCACCACCUCCUGUUGAUGAGUCCACGAAAACAUUGCUCAUGCCAGUGCCUAGUCCUGAUGAACUGACCAACUCAGAAUCCAUGCGGAUUGAUUUUGAUCAUCUGUUACCAUAUGCUGAUGACAUGUCAACAGGAUCGAAUUCUUCUUUGCCAGUAGAAGAAGAUGGUUUUGACAUGGACUUUUUCUCGAGUUAUUUAGAGAAUCUUCUCUCCGAUCAAAGACCAGUUGAUGACAAGCAGGUUGAUGCUCAUAACAUGCGAACUACAAAUUCUGAUAUUGAUUUUGAUUUUCUGAUGGAUGGAUCCCUCAAUUUAGAACCGAAGAGAUGAUCAAGGAGACAACCCCUUAAAGGUUCCAUGCUUUCAUUUUGUUCGAUAGGUAUGAAGCUGUCUACGUAUUCUUAUGGCAUGUAUAAAUUUUCAACUAUAGACAUAUUUUCCCUUAUAGUAUAUACAUAUAUACACAUACUAAAAAUUUUUUAUCUGAGUUUCUCUCUAUGAUUGAGAGAAAAUACUGACAAAAUGUAGGGGAACACUCUUUCUACUCUUUAUUUUUA